GGACGCCCACUCCCAUUGCCCAGGCUGGGCUGAUGAUGGUCUCUGCUCCUCCCAGCGCUCCUAUAUGUCACAGACAUGUCCUGUAUCCUGUGGAUUCUGCUCUCCUGUCUCCACCUGUCCUCAGUUAAACAUCCCCAGAGGCUCAGUCCGACCACGGGGCCCUGUUAAACCAGAUUCGUUCGUCAGUGUUCAUUGUGAGAAAGGGUACAAAUACAGCGAGCCUUGGGAGUUUCUUCAGUGUUUACCCGACGGACGGUACGAUAUUAGAGUUGGUCAGUGCCGUAAAGAUUAUUGUGAUAAACCUCGUAUAGCUCAAGGUAGAAUAAGCUCACCAGGUCUGAUUAUGAGUGGACACUGGGUGACAGUUAUCUGUGAUCAAGGUUUCAAACACUCUCACGCCGGGUCCCGACUCUACUGCAGACCUGAUUCUCUAUCUUUAGAGGGGACUGUUGGGUUCUGUCAACCCGAGGCUCUUGAUUGUCCUGAAAUGGAUGUUGCAUUUGGAGAGGUCCAUCCUAGGGGUGUGGUAACUUCCAAUUCUUGGGCUCAGAUUAAAUGUUUCGAGGGAUUUGCUUACUCGGAGCCUACCCCCUUCAUACUGUGCCGCAGUGAUGGAAAAUACGAAGGAGUUAUAGGAAACUGCUUCAGAUCUGAACCUAUAAGGAGGUGUCGUAUUCCUAAGAUCGACAAUGCUAUAACCAGCAGAUCAGCCACCUCGCUACCUGGUAAAACAAUAAGGAUAGUUUGCAGUGCAGGGUAUGUCUACUCGCUCCUCUCGACAACUCAUUCUUGUACUCAUCGUGGGAGAUUCAACCCACCAAUUGGAUCCUGUAAUCCUAUUCUCCAGUGCUCAGUUCCGGUGAUAUUAAACGCACACGUUGACACAUCCAAAAUGGUAUCUGCAGGUGCUUGGGUCAAAGUUACUUGCAAUUCCCACUUUACUUACACUUUAUCAGAAACAAAUCACUUUUGCGAUAGAAAUGGAGAACUUGUACCGAAAAUGGGAAAGUGUAUACGGCUGUUUCCUGGCCCUUCUCUCAGCUGUCCACCCAUCAAGAUCCCAGGUUCCCUCUCCCUUCCAGCCACCCCGAUAGGGAUGUGGGUACAAAUGGAAUGUCACCCUGGCUACCAAUAUUCUCUUAACAAAUGUAUCCACAUCUGCCUGAACUCUCAGACUUACACCCCACCUAUUGGUAGGUGUGUUGCGGAGGAAAGCAAUGCCUCGUCACUGACAGAGAGGAGACCCACUCACUGCUCCACCCCUAAGAUAGCCAACUCUCUCAUCCCUGCUUCACCUGCUUUGAUAGAUACCUGGCUCAAAGUGGAGUGUGUACCUGGAUACUCGUACUCUCGUACCAACUAUUUACAUUACUGUCAGGGAGAUGGUACCUACAAUUUGGAGUUUGGGGAGUGUAUUGAGGAUAAGCCCCUGGGCAGGUGCUCAAAAGUUGGUGUCCAGAACGGUGAGACUAGGCCAGAUUCAGAGGUUUUAAUGGGAGCUUUGGUAGAGGUAAUUUGUGAUGAUGGCUAUUUGUACUCAAGACCAACUGCUGUCCAUUUCUGUGGGAUUGAUCUUCAAUUUGAGCCCAAGCUCGGGGAAUGUACGCGAAUUCAGUGUCCCGAACUUGACGUUGAUAAAGCCAUUAUCGUGCCAACAGCCAAGCCCAGUGCUUUUGAGAAAGUUUUUGUAAUCUGUCUGGCAGGUCUCGAAUAUGUAGGAGAUUCUCCUACUUUCACCUGCCUGUCAAAUGGCUCGUAUGAUGGAGUAACUGGGACUUGUGAAAACAAGGACGAUCUUGAUAAGUCUCUGGAUCAAGAGUUUAUUGAGGUUGGGUUCCUUACCAAAGCUGUUGUUCAGAUCAUCAGCGAGGAGAAUGAUUCCGAUGGCAUUGACAACUAUGAUAAGGAAAUUUCCAAUGACUCCAAUUCAAAUAAUCAGUUUCAACAAUCCACAGUUGAACCGAAGGAAAAUCCCUACAAAAGACUUUCUACAAACCCCUCAACAACAGGAGAAAUAUCAAAAUAUACUUUAACAGAAGAUAACCGUAUCCAGACAGAAGCACCUACUUCACAUUUACUUUACAGCACCCCCGACUACGGUAACGACCCUAGUUUAGUGACUCCCAACAAGGGAAGUACGGAGGGUGAAAGUAAAUCUUCUCCUUCACAGCGGACAAAUGGUAUUUCUCACUACAUUUCCCGUAACAGUACAGUGAUCCCAAACCAAGUUGCUACAUCAGAACCAGAUGACAUAUCAAACGAAAUCUCAGAGUCAGAAGAGAACAGCCUUCCAAAUAGCCAAGUUGCAGAGCCCAAGAUAAUGUGUCCCCCGAUCAUUAUAGAACACGGAGUAUUGGACCCUCCAGGGGAGGUCCCAGCCUCAACAGAGGUACGAGUGGGGUGUGAUGAGGGGUAUUUGUAUAACAGGACUGAUCAUGUUAUUAGGUGUGGUGGGGAUGGUAGGUUCGCUCCAGACAUUGGCUCUUGUGUCCCUAAUGGGAGCUACUGUAAACCUCCAGUAAUACUUCACGGAACGCCUCAACCUCCGGACCCUAUCAAGUCGGGUUUAUAUUUCUCUAUGAUAUGUGAUGAAGGUUUCAAGUUGUCGGGUAAUCACUACUCACUGUGCCAUAAGGGUGUCGUGAAAUCAGAACUUGGUAUUUGCAAGAGAGUGUGCAGAGUAUCUCCAAUACAUGGUGGAGUACUGAAGAAAUACCGAUUACUUGAAGGAGAAAACAUCACACUCAGUUGCAACCUGGGAUAUGAACAAACAGGGAACGGUGUCUCCCUUUGUACUGAGACAGGACGACUUGACCAACCGCUAGGGAGAUGUGAAUUAGGGAAAUGUCCACUACCUGCAGUCGCUAAUGGGUCCUUUAGAACGAUCCUAGGUCUCCCCGCCACAGGAAGGGUAACUGUUGGAGACACUGUGUUCUUAAAGUGUUGGAAAGGGUUUGCUCUUCGUGGGAACAGUCAGUCCUCCUGCUUGUCUAGUUUUGAGUUUGAUCCACCCAUUGGACGGUGUGUAAGAGAAUGUCAGUUGCCAAUUAGAAGAUUUGGUAUCUAUUCCUCUUUCUCUGUCACUCAUGGAGAUAAUGUAUCGCUUAAUUGCGAUCCUGGCUACGACUUGGUCGGAGCCAACACUUCAGUGUGUAGGAGAGGAGUUCUGGUGCCCGACAUUGGAGCCUGUGCUAAAUCAGACUGCCCGGCCUUCCCCUACUCCACUCCUAAUGGCUCUCUUAUCAGGGUGAUUUCAUUAUGUCAAUGUGUUAUUUUCGAAAUUUUUAUCAGCUUUUGCAUUUCUACUUAGAUACAGUAAAUGUUUUUAUAAUUGAUAAUUCAAUAGUUACAAGCUCAGUGAGUCAGUCAGAAAUUGUUUUCCUUAAUGAUAAAACGGAUUUAAAAAGUGCACGUGAUUUAAAAACAUGAUAUACCAAUCAGUCUAAAUACAUCAAGUCAAUCAGCUAUAGAACCUGAAAAAGGUAUCAACUUAAACAUAUUGAUUUAGCACCGAGAAUUAUACAUGUUGUUGUCAUUUAGCAAGGUUACGUGGUCAGAAUAUCUUGUAAUCCCGGAUUUGAGCUGAAGGGACGAGGAUAUGUAUCUUGCAAUGAUCAUGUACCCCUUGGAUCGUAAGUCAUUUCAAAAAUACUUCUAUGGUACAUUUUUAAUUUUGCUUUUCUGAUGCGAAUGCAAUGUAAAUCUUUAUCAUACCAUAAUCGAUGAUAUACACAUUUAGUCGACUGUCCUGCCUUUACUUGCAGGUGCAUAAGUAAGCAAUGUAAAGCCCCAACAGUUAGAAGUGGAUCUGUCAUACCACGAUUAACGAAGGUGGGCCAGGAAGCGAUCCUUCGUUGUCACCACGGCUUCGUUCCUUCGGGAGCAACAACAUCACUAUGCAAACACGGAGGGGAACUAGAUCCAACCCCAGGGAGCUGUAUAAACAAGCUGUCGUCGUGCCAGGUCCCUACAGUUCAGGACGGUGUUAUGCUCCUUGGAAUGUCAAAUCUUGGGAAACAAG